AUGAUUAAUAAACUCAAAGAACCUCAUUCCAUGGAAGCUGUAAAGUUUCUUCGCCAGUACCUUCUUGAUGCUAUAGAAUUCACAGAAGUUCCUGAUCAGCAUAAUCAUUUGAUAGAAUUCUUGGCAGCAGAAGGUGUCUUGACACCUGCUGAUAGUUCCUUGAACAUGGUCAGAUUAUCAUCCCCCCUUGUUGGUACAUACAUCAAAAUGGAUGUUCUUCCAGAAUUAUUUCCACAUGCACCUCAAAGUGAGAUUCCUCUUGAUAGAUAUCAGAAACUUGAUAUCCUUAAGAUGCUUCAAGUAGUUGUUACUUUCUUUGAUAUGGAUCUCAUUUGUCUGGCACCUUUAUGUUGUUUCAAGAAAGCAACUGUACCUGUUAAUGAUAAAAGUGGGAGGAAAAUUCCUAGGGAAAGCACCUAUGAUCAGGAAUUAAUAAGGAUUUUGAGAAACUGGCUUGUUUCAUACACUGUUACUGGACAAUGGCACUUGACAGAAGUUAGUCAGGAUGGAGAUUAUGUGCAUUGUUAUAUUGACAUUGUAAUCAAUGGUAAUGAAGAAAACAUUGUAUUAGAGCUUGUGGCCACAGCUAAUCAAUCAAAUCUAGAAGAACAUUUUAAUCAUGCUUUGUCCUAUGCAAUUCCUUAG